GGAAACUCAGUGGAAUUUAUAGUUGGAUUCUGCUGAGAAAACUUGUUGCUCAACACAUUUCCAUCACCGCAUUUCCUUCCAUAGUUUCACCACAUAAAAUAACACAUCAGGGGACGUAUGCGCUGAGGACGAGUUGAACCCACCUCAUGUCCAUCUUGCGGACUCCCAUAGAGAGUGAUCUAUGGAUGAGGAAUGUCCUGAGUGUGCUGCCUGUAGGGGGGAGGAGGGAGCCAAUCCCGAUGAUUCUAUUUAUUCGUACCUGUGGGACCAUUGACAGCUCACUAUCGAGGUUGGAUGGCCGUAUAUCGAGUUUAGAUAAUCGUGUAUCCAAUAGGGAGGAAAACAUGACAGACAUGAAAGGACAAUUUCCGGCCAUCCUGUCACUGUUGCAAUCUAUGUGCAAGGGUUCCACGGUGAAUGAGAAGACGACAAAGUCACCCAUCCCAUCUUGGGAUCUCGAUACCAAUAAUGCAACAGCCUCUAAUACUCUCAUCCCCCCUAUAAGGCCUCAAAAUACCACCACUUCACCUAUUCUCAUCCCCCUCUAA